AUGAUCAAGCCGAUCAAGCAGCCUCUGGAACGGGAAGACGAUCAAGAGCAGAUGAAGCAGCAGGAGAAUGACAAGCCCAAGCAGGAGGAGCAGCGACCCAAGCCAAUUCUACUGCCAGCCGGGGGUCGUCGUCCAGGUUCCAGGCCGAAGAUGGUUCGCUUCUCUUCCUCAGCGGAGGACAUUCUUCCCGACGGCACCCGACGGCGGAGUGAAACCCAUCUUAGCGAUGGCCGAGGGGGCUAUGUUGAGUUCGCGUAUCUCGAAGCUUUCCACAAGGCAAACCGGUGGCUAAACCAGAGGGGAAAAACCGAGAAGAAGAUCCGCAGCUUGGAAGAGGAAAAGCGCGAGGAAACAGAAGAGGAGAAGCACGAGGAAAAGUCUUGGAGUGUUAGCGCGCUCCGGAUUCUGAUCAGACUCACCGAGCAGCUUUACGAGGAGCUCAACGGCAAAUCCAGCGACCGAGAGAGGAUCAAGCGAGCGCGGAAGAUGAUGAGGCUCCAGAAAAUGCUGGAUAGGAUCCCGAGUGAGAGGAAACCGUGGAAGAAGCUUCAGUCCGGCGAGGUGGUCUUCGUGAAGGAGGCAAAAGAACUAUAUGAUCGUGCGGGGAGAGAUUUUGUUGCCGAAUUCAAGAGGAGACAGAGAGCUGGAGUGAACGAUGAUUGUUUGUUUUGUCCGAACCAUGAUGGCGAGAAGAUGAUCGGCCGGGCUGGGGUGAACUCUAAGACGACUAGACCCUGGGUUUACCUGAGAAGAGAACACGAGCAAACUGUUCUAAGCACGUCAAAGAAACGAGAAAUGAAGUUGGCUCCGAGCUCGAGAAGUUGGCUGCAAGGAUUGGUCAACUGGAGGUUCGCAGCUGUCCGAGACGUAAAAGUGGUGGGUGACGACCGUGUCUCGGGGCUCGAGGCGGAGAAGUCCAUCACACUUUGGGCCUCUAAACAGGCCAGCGACCAGCCUCCACACUCUUCUAAGUCAAGAGAAGAUCAAUGGAUCAAAUUGGACUACACUCUACAGUGUCUGGAGCAAGGAGGGAUCUAUCUUAUCAGCUUUCCAGUGGACGGAGAUGAUUCAGGAGCGUCUGCUACGGUAAGGCUGUCCAUGAUAGUAGUGAGGAACGACGUAAACCAGUGCCAGAUGGCUGCAAAAUGUGGAGAAGACAAUAUUGCUGAAGCUGAUCGUGACUAA